UAGUGUGCAUAGGAAUUGAGCUUUUCUUUUAUCCAAACAUGUUACAUGGCUGUAUUUUUAAAAUUCUGAUUAACACACAACAGAUUGGGAAAAUUAGAACAAUUGUCCAAUAUUAUAUUGAUUUCUCUAAAAAACAUUGUGAUGUUAAGAUAUGAAGAAAGUAAACCAAGGCUACGUAGCCAUUUGUUUACCUCAACCACAUGAUGACAACUGAGAGGACUGUAAAUCUGAUAGGCAAACAGUUUUUAUGGGACUUGUUGGAUAUUUUUACUUGAUUGAUCUCUCUUUCGUUAUCCAUGAUUAAAUCUGGUUUACGUUUAAUUCACCAUUCACAAGGUCAUCGUAAGCUUAUCGGUUCAUUAUUAGUCAACAAUAUACCAUCAUUUUGUUUAUUACCAUCAUCUUUAAUAGGAUCACCAAUUUCAUUUUCAUCUAAAACGUGUUCUACAGCAAAAAUGGAUAUGCCUGAUGAGACCAAGCUUCACUAUUAUGAAACUCAUCCCGAUAUUGUUUGGGCUGAUUGUGAGAUGUCCGGCCUAGAUAUCAAUAAAGACUAUCUUCUUGAGAUUGCUAUUAUAAUCACUGAUUCGGAUCUAAAUGAACUUGCAACCCUUGGUCCAUUGGUAAUAAAGACAGAUCCUCAUAUUUUGUCAAACAUGGAUGAUUGGUGUACUCGGAAUCAUACUAAAACUGGUCUCUACAAAGCUUGUCUCGAAUCACAAUUGACUAUUGAACAAGCUGAUCAACAAUUACAUGAUCUACUGAUGUCAAGGAAUAUGAAAUUAGCUGUUUUAGCUGGUAAUUCAAUUGCCUAUGAUAAACUGUUUCUUUCCAAGUAUUGUCCUAAAUUUUCAUCCCUUCUCCACUAUCGGACAAUUGAUGUUUCUAGUUUUAAAGAAGUUAUCAAGCGGUGGUAUCCAGAUGAAGUCAAUCUCAAAAAGAGACACCUUCACAGAGCUUUAGAUGAUAUUAGAGACUGUAUAACUGAAUUGCGUUAUUAUAGAAGCAAAUUUUUCAAACCAUCUUUAACUAGUGACAAUAAGAAAGACAGUAUUAGUGGAUGGGGCGAUUGGAGCCGAAUCAUGGAACCAAACAAAUAAUAGGAACUCGAAAUUUUGAUGCUGCCAUAUAAUUCAUAAUUGCUCAAUAUCACUAACCAGAGGAUACAUAAGCAUAAUAAUUCCUCUUUUUUUCACUUACUGAUCUAUAUUAAGAAGCUUUCAGUAACACUUUUUCCUUUUGUAGUUUUUCACAAGAAAGUAUCAAAGAAUAUUUAUCCUUUUCAUUUCAGAACGAAAUCAUGUGAGAUUCUUUUUCCUAUUUUGAUGGCAUGAAUAUGUUCAAACAAGUUGGAAAAAGAAACCAUAGUUGUCCUUCAACAAAUGAUUACACAAAUGUUCAAAAACACUAUAUGUACAAGUUCA